CGGGCGGGCGGCAGCAGCGACGUAGCCCGGCGGUCCCAGCGGCGAGAGCAGCCGCCCCACAGGCCCCCGCGGCAGUGCGGCCGAGUCGAGGCUCGCUCUCUAGCUGCUUAGCGCCGCCCGCCCGCCCGCCCGGUGCCGCCGCCGCUGACGCCCCAAUGAGUUCGUACUUCGUGAACCCGCUGUACUCCAAGUACAAGGCGGCGGCUGCGGCGGCGGCGGCGGCGGGCGAGGCCAUCAAUCCCACUUACUACGACUGUCACUUCGUGCCCGAGGUCGGCGGCCGUCACGCCGCCGCCGCAGCAGCCCUGCAGCUCUAUGGCAACAGCGCCGCCGGCUUCCCGCACGCGCCCCCGCAGGCGCACGCGCACCCGCACCCGUCCCCGCCGCCCUCCGGGACUGGGUGCGGCGGUAGGGAUGGCCGGGGCCAGGAGUACUUCCACCCCGGCGGGGGCAGCCCGGCCGCUGCCUACCAGGCCGCCCCCCCUCCUCCUCCGCAUCCUCCGCCUCCGCCGCCACCUCCCCCCUGCGGCGGGAUUGCCUGUCACGGGGAGCCCGCGAAGUUUUACGGAUACGAUAACUUACAGAGACAGCCGAUUUUUACGACCCAGCAAGAGGCCGAGCUGGUACAAUAUCCUGACUGUAAAUCGUCCAGUGGUAAUAUUGGCGAGGACCCAGACCACUUAAAUCAGAGCUCGUCUCCUUCUCAAAUGUUUCCGUGGAUGAGACCACAAGCUCCUGGUAGACGAAGAGGAAGACAAACCUACAGUCGCUUCCAAACUCUAGAGUUGGAAAAGGAAUUUCUUUUUAACCCCUAUCUGACCAGGAAAAGAAGAAUCGAGGUUUCCCACGCCCUAGCCCUCACCGAGAGACAGGUAAAAAUCUGGUUCCAGAACAGGAGAAUGAAAUGGAAAAAGGAAAACAACAAGGACAAAUUUCCCGUUUCCCGGCAGGAGGUGAAGGACGGGGAAACGAAAAAGGAAGCCCAAGAGCUGGAGGAAGACAGAGCCGAAGGCCUGACAAAUUAACUUCUACCUUUAAAAUUUUACCACAGACUAUUAAAACUAAUAAUCACCAUAUGCUGUGGACACCACCUAUUUUCUUUGUUGGAAAGGACCUUACCUGUGUUUCAAGCUACCUUCAUGUCACUGCUCUUGAGGUUUCUGUGCUUUGAGAGGGAUUUGGGUGUUUAAAAAAGUUUCUAGUAUCACAUAGAAGCUGUCCUUGAGCUGUCCUAUGGAAGGGUAAUUUGAUACUGACCUUGUAGCUAUAUUUUUAUAAUGGUUUUUAAUGUCUGAGCUAGUGAUUUGCCUCAACAACGUAAACUUCCUAAUGAUUAGCACUUAAUAAUUGCAUAUAAAAUGCUUUAUUAAUUAAACAAGUGCACUUGAACAUUUUAAUCUUUGUGGUGAGUAAAUUAAAAGGAGUCUAUUAAUUUUAAAAAAUAUGUCUGCAGAAUACUUUAUAUUAUUUGAUUACAAUGUAUUAUUUAUGGAUUUUUUAUUCUUUCCUUUAUAAUGAAUAGUUCGGGUGCGUUUUGUUUACUCCUAAAAGGUUUCUUUGCGUAUUUUCUAAAUGUAAUAUCUCGGGGAAAAUAUUAGAAAAGCAUGUCUUAGCUGAAGAGUGUAACGUGUAGUCCAGCUCUGCAGCUUCCUUAAACUUAAGGAAAAGAUUGGGCCAGUGACAUGAAUUUAAAGACAAUGUCCAAGUUGACAAUUAUUUUUCUAUAGUCCAUACAAAUUAAAUAAUCUGGCAACUCUGGCAAAUCGCCUUGUAAAA